AUGGGGUCCGUGUCCCUGAAGCUGCCGGCGUCCCGCCGCCGCCACGGCGGGCCGCUCUCCUGCCUCUGCUCACCGGCGCCGCUCAACCUCCUCAUGCUGCUCUCCCUCCUCUGCACCAACCUCCUCGCCUUCUUCGCCUUCUUCGCCGCCCCUCCCCGCCACGACCCCGCCGCCGGCACAACCCCCUCCGCCUCCUCCAACCUCUCCGCGCACGUCGCCGCCAUCGCGCUCGAGAUCGGCGGCGGGUCCUCCUCGUCCGGCGCCCGCCUCCCGGACGGCCUGCCCCCGGAGCUGCUCCUCUUCCUCACCCCGCACGCGCUGCCGCUCGGCCGCGACGCGCGGACGGGGCUCACCCACAUGCCGGCCUCCGUCGCGGCCUCCUGCCUCCGCUCCCCGUCCGCGCUGGCGCUCCUCUCGGCCUUCAUGUCCUACGCGCCCCACUCCGCCUGCCCGCGCAACGCCACCCUCCCGCGCCGGCUCGUCUCCAAGGGCUGCGAGCCGCUGCCCCGCCGCCGGUGCCUCUCCCGCGGGCCCCGCGCCCCGCUCCCGGCCUCCGGCAUGGGCCUCGACCACCGCCGCUGGGACGGCCCCGCGCGCGGCGGCGGCCACGAGUUCCUCGUCGACGACGUGCUGCGCCUGGCCGCGUCCAAGAUCCGGAUCGGCCUCGACGUCGCCGGCGGCGCCGCCAACUUCGCCGCCCGGAUGAGGGAGCGCGGGGUCACCGUCGUCACCUCCGUGCUCGACGGGCCCGGGAAGCCGAUGAACGAGUUCGUGGCGGCGAGGGGCCUGUUCCCGCUCCUGCUCUCGCCGGCGCACCGGUUCCCCUUCUACGACGGGGUGUUUGACCUGGUGCACGUCGGCACCGCGGCGCUGGACGAGGCCGGGUCGCCCGCCAUGGGGCAGGCGGCGACGCCGGAGGCGCUGGAGUUCUUCCUGUUCGACGUCGACAGGGUGCUGCGCGCCGGCGGGCUGCUCUGGAUCGACAGCUACGUGUGCCAGAGCGAGGAGAGGAGGCGAGUGGUUGCCAAGCUCGUUGACAGGUUUGGUUACAAGAAGCUCAAGUGGGUCGUCGGAGAGAAGGCCGGCGGUGCAGCGACAUCAACCUACCUCUCGGCGGUGCUGCGAAAGCCGGCAAGAAGCUGA